AUGCCGCAGUUUCACAAAGUCGAGAUAAACAGGACCGAAUGGGAGGUUCCGGAACGAUAUCAAAUGCUUACACCAGUGGGAUCAGGAGCUUACGGCCAAGUCUGUUCAGCGGUUGAUACAAGAACUGGACAAAAGGUAGCGAUAAAAAAGCUAGCCAGGCCAUUUCAGUCAGCUGUGCACGCAAAACGCACAUACAGGGAACUUCGUAUGUUGAAACAUAUGAAUCAUGAAAAUAUAUUUAGUUACGCAUCUGAUGGGUGCUGAUCUCAAUAAUAUUGUAAGAACUCAAAAACUUUCGGACGAUCAUGUACAAUUUCUUGUUUAUCAAAUCCUUCGCGGUCUCAAAUAUAUUCAUUCUGCGGGUAUAAUACACAGGGAUUUGAAACCCUCUAACAUAGCGGUGAAUGAGGAUUGUGAGCUGAAAAUUUUGGACUUUGGAUUAGCCAGGCCUACAGAGAAUGAAAUGACUGGCUAUGUUGCUACGAGAUGGUACAGAGCACCUGAAAUUAUGCUCAAUUGGAUGCAUUAUAAUCAAACAGCUAUAGAUUUACUUGAAUUAAUGUUAGAAUUGGAUGCAGAAAAACGAAUUACAGCAGAACAAGCUUUAGCUCAUCCGUAUCUAGCACAGUAUGCUGAUCCAACUGAUGAACCAGUAUCUUUACCAUAUGAUCAGAGUUUUGAAGAUAUGGAUUUACCUGUUGAAAAAUGGAAAGAGAUAAAAUGUAUAUUUUUGUUAAUGACGCAAUGAUACAAGAAAGUGCUAAUAUUUUUCACACCAAGCAUAAGCUUUUAGAAUGUAAAGUCACCAAAUGUGUGACAAAUAUUCACAUUCGUGAUUUUGUAUGGACGUUUUUGUUACAUGUUCACGCGUUUCGAUACUUUGAAGCUACUAUUGAAAGCACACAUUAA